AAAUGACCUCAAUUAAGCUUCUCUUGAACCUGAAUGAUGUUUAUCAUGCCUUGAUAAUCAUCCAAGCUUCGAUUUGCUUGUUGUAUGUUGUUUUCAACCCAGAUCUGCUCAAUAAGGCCAUUUAAAGCUUCACGCAUCUUCUUAGCUCUGGCUCGCGUGACUGGACCUCCUUGGGUGUGUAAUGGAUCACAUGACGUAGUUGAAGAACUCAUGAAGAAGGGGCAUGUGAGAGAAAGCAUGAGUCCAUGUGCAGUUCCAGUGCUACUUGUGCCUAAGAAGGAUGGGACUUGGCGUAUGUGCGUUGAUUGUCGUGCUGUCAACAAAAUCACUGUAAAGUAUCGUCACCCUAUUCCUAGAUUAGAUGACAUGUUAGAUGAACUGCAUGAGCGAUUCCCUGCACAAAGGCGUUCUAAGUUGCAACCAAGAGGCAAUGGACCAUUUCAAGUGAUUGCAAGGAUAAACGACAAUGCAUACAAGUUGGAGCUUCCUGGUGAGUAUAAUGUUAGUGCUACUUUUAAUGUUCCUGAUCUUUCUCCUUUUGAUGUAGGUGACGAUUUGAGGACAAAUCCUUUUGAGAAAGGGAAUGAUGGGAAUCAAGAUGACCCCACAUGUACCACGUCAAGAGAUCCAUUACACAUUCCAGGAGGUCCAGUCAUGAGAGCUAGAGCUAGGAAGAUGCGAGAAGCUUUAAGGUGUGGCGUUAACCAACUUUAUACCUCUGGUUCUUGUUGCGUCAUAGACAACGGGUCAAGGUUCUCAAAAAUGGCACACUUCAUUCCAGGUCAUAAAACCGAUGAUGCAACCAAUAUUGCUGAUCUGUUCUUCAAGGAGGUUCUUCGUUUACAUGGUUGUCUAAGAACUAUUGUUUCGGAUCAUGAUGUUAAGCUCUUGAGUUGCUUUUGGAAGACCUUGUGGGGAAAGUUGGGAACUAAGCUAUUGUUUUCGAUUACUUGUCAUCCACAAAUUGAUGGACAAACAGAAGUGGUUAAUAGGACGGUUUCAGCCUUAUUGUCAACUAACUGUUCACCAUUUGAAGUUGUGUAUGGUUUUAAUCCACUCACCCCUCUGGAUUUAUUGCCAUUACCCAUUGAUGAACAAGCUAGUUUGGAUGGGAAUAAGAAAGCUGAAGUGGUUAAGCAACUACAUGAGAGGCGAUUCCCUGAACAAAGGUGUUCUAAGUUGCAACCAAGAGGCGAUAGACCAUUUCAAGUGAUGGCAAGGAUAAACGACAACGCAUACAAGUUGGAGCUUCCUAGUGAGUAUAAUGUUAGUGCUACUUUUAAUGUUCCUGAUCUUUCUCCUUUUGGUGUAGGUGAUGAUUUGAGGACAAAUCCUUUUGAGGAGAGAGGGAAUGAUGGGAAUCAAGAUGACCCCACAUGUACCACGUCAAGAGAUCCAUUACACAUUCCAGGAGGUCUAGUCAUGAGAGCUAGAGUUAGGAAGAUGCGAGAAGCUUUAAAUGGCCUUAUUGAGCAGAUCUGGGUUGAUAACAACAUGCAACAAGUAAAUCGAAGCUUGGAUGAUUAUCAAGGCAUGGUAAACAUCAUUCAGAUUCAAGUGAAGCUUAAUUGAGGUCAUUUGUGCUAAAUUACACAGUUUGUGUCAAAAUCCCACAAUUUUGUCGCAAUUUGUAACAAACUAAUAUUUCAUGUUACUUUAGGUCACUUUCAGUGAUUUUCACGUUUUUUGUAUUAUUUUGGGCUGAGGAUUCAUUUAUUUGAGGUCUAAUUCGUGGUUAUUAGGAUUAGGGCUUAGGGUGCUAGUUUCCUAUUCUGAUUAAAAUUACUUUUCCCUAUUUAAAGGGCUUGUAAUCCUAAUUGGGGGCAGCUAUUGAAUGUGAGUUUUUGAGAGACUUUUCUCUUUGGUUCGUUUCAGAACUUUACAGAACUUAUUAAGAUUAUUCUUGUGGCGUUCUAACCUGACUUAUCAUUCUUGUUCUUAAUCAUUCGAGGGUGUGGCGUCAACUAACUUUAUACCUCUGUUCUUGUUGCGUCAUAGACAACGGGUCAAGGUUUUUACCUUUGGUUCUUGUUGCGUCAUAAACAACGGGUUAUGGUUUUUUUACCUUUGGUUCUUGUUGCGACAUAAAUAACGGGUCAAGGUCCUAUUAUAAACCUGAUUUAACUUUCCUGAAGUUUAGAAAUCCCUUGUUGUGCUGUGGGUCUCAUUGUUCUCCUUGGGUUUCUCAUCAUAGAUGAUGCUUCACAUAUUGCUGAUUUGUUCUUUAGGGAGAUUGUGAGAUUACAUGGUAUGCCUAGAACAAUUGUUUCAAAUAGAGAUGCAAAGUUUUU